AUGAAAGCCUCAGAAAGUGCCAUGCCAGCCGAGAAUGCCCCUAUAUGCCACAUAAAACUGUUACAGGUGGAGCGAGAAGAUCUUAGUGGGGGGAGUGACAAACCCCCCUCGAGGGGAGUACCUACCUUCCCAGUUGAUCAACAUAAGACCACCCCAGCUGACACGCCAUGCCUUGUGUUACCAGUUGCCAAUGCAUCAGAUGUCCAGCCAGAAGACACGAUCUUCACACGCCAGACUGAGCCCUUCCUACAAGCCUGUGUAGAGAAGAUAUUGGAGCUUGUGCAGAUAGGUGACGACAUCACAGCAGACCAACGCAAGGAAGUCAAGUCACUCAUCGCUGAAUUCGCUGACUGCUUCGCCUUAUCACUCAGCGAGGUCAAUCUCAUUCCAGGCACAGUGCACAAGCUCGACAUACCCGAGAACACAUCAUUCCGCACAAAGAUUCCACAACGCUCGUUCAACCCAGACCAACGGGCCUUUAUGGAGGCAAAGGUUGACGAAAUGCUGAAGGGUGGUAUAAUACGUCCUAUACACCCAAGGGAGGUCAAAUGUGUCGCGCCCUCAGUGUUGGCCCAGAAGGCGCAUGAGAACACAGGCCUGUCCUCAGACGAACUCAAGCACAAGGUUAACGAUGAAUGCGUGAAGCACGGCGUGUCCGGUAACUCUUUCCUCCAAUCGUCCAUCUUGCUGAUAUUUCACAGGUUCUGGUUGGAAAUGGCGAUGUUUACUCUCCCUGGUCGCGAUCAUACGUCCAGCUCCACUGCCUCUUCAGACGGCAAAGGGGGUACAGAUUCAGCAUCUAAAGAUGGAAAGUCAACGAAAAGGACAGGUCCUACCUAUGUAUAUUACCGUCUAUACACCAAACUCGGUGCAUUUGAAUCAAAUCACACCCUCUACCAGAACGACCGUUUCAUUGGCCGCAUUCCGUCGAAGUUGUUUGCCCCUCCUCAUACUGUGGCGUCUAUCAAGCGGUCCCUCUGCAAACUUGAGGGCCUUUUGGACCCCGACAAGGCACUUGUUUUCGCACCGCUCUCAAGCCCAGCACCCAAAGAAGACUCUACCCGCCUUUCUUUGAACGCUCUUUCUGGACCAGGCCUGUCCGAACUAGAUCCGAUCGCGCUGGUUGUGGAGUCGGAGAAGCGGACCAAGGAGGCCUCGCAAUCGGAGACCCAGCUGCCGGAAUGCUCUGAUAAUACUGACAUCCACUACGGCAAGUCUUUAUACUAUCGUGUUUACCUAUCAGAAAGCGAAGGAGAAGCAAAGGCAAAGACAUCCUUUGACGAAAGCGAUAUUUCGUUAGGACGCAUCAACACCCUCUCCAUCGCUCCCCCUCACACCGCUGGGUCUUUGAAAGCACGCAUCGCAAAAGUUGAAGGCCUUGUCACGCCGGGUCAUGCACUCUACAAGGAUAUGGAACUCUUCCAAGACACGGAUAGUGAUGCUGCCAUGAACGACACCGACAUCAUUUCCUUCCAAGGUGACGAUUAUCCGGGCAGUGAUAAACGCGAUCACGUAGCCCUUGUCAAUGCAACCACCAAUACAGCAGCGGAUCAAAAGGCUAAGCCUACACCAAAGCCUACACCAGGUAAGGCGCUCGGCAAAUAUCCCCUAGACACUGCGGCAACAAACCGUGCUUUUUCAAAUGGACCAGAUUCAAAUUUUACGAAACGCGCUCAAUUAACUCAUGGUGGCGGCUCUUAUACAGGAUACAUGGCGAUUAAUUCCAAGGGUGAAAAAGGCUUUGUGAUGUCGAAUUAUGUUCAAUUUAUCUGA